CCUCUUCCAUUUUCCUUCUUCACCCUACAUUCCUUCUUCUUUUAAUUUCAUCUUCCAUUCCCUAUGUCUGCCCCUCCCGCGGCGAUGGCUCCCGGGAAGAGUCUCCCGGAUUUCGCGUCGUCAACACCUCAAUCUUCACUCUGGGACCGGAUAUCAACCUGGGCUUCCGAGAACAAAGCAGUUGUUUAUACAAUUGCCGGCGUUGCAGUAGUCGUAACUGGAGCUGGCGUUGCAUAUUACCUGACCGAUUCGGUAGGUGGCAUGAGCAUAUCCAAUAUACCACAUAAUUGUAAGAAAGAAAAGCGAAGGAAAAAGGAGGAGAAAAAGAAGGCAGACCUGGAGAAAGGACCAACAGACACCAAGCCAAAGACACCUACGGUAGAGACCGCAGAUGAGCUCCCCGAGGUGGACGAGACCACUGUUGGAAACCUCUCAGAACAGGAGAGAAAGGAUUAUGCCGCAAAAUUGAAGGCUGCCGGAAACACUGCGUAUGGAAGCAAAGACUACAAUAGAGCCAUCGAGUUAUACGGUAAAGCCAUUCUCUGCAAGCCCGAUCCCAUUUUCUAUUCAAACCGCGCCGCAUGCUACAACGCCCUUGGCCAAUGGGAAAAAGUCAUCGAAGACACAACUGCUGCUAUCAACCUAGACAACGAGUACGUUAAGGCUUUGAACAGGAGGGCAAAUGCCUACGAACACCUCGAGAAAUUUAGCGAGGCUCUUUUGGACUUCACAGCUAGCUGUAUAAUUGAUGGGUUCCGAAACGAAUCCAGCGCACAAGCUGUCGAGAGGCUGCUCAAGAAGGUUGCAGAGGCAAAAGGGCGCGCUAUACUCCAAAGCAAGGAGAAGCGACUGCCCAGCCCGACCUUUGUCACCAACUAUCUGCAAAGUUUCCGCGCUCGACCUCCACCAGCAGGAUUAGAAGAGCCGGUGGAAUUGGCAGAAGAUACUGGAAAGGGACAAUUACAACUAGGCUUACGCGCAAUGGCCAAAAAGACUUCCGAUGGUUACGAGGAGGCCGCGGCAGCUUUCGAUCAGGCAUUGGUUUUGGGCGAUCUUGGAGAGUACGAAGCCUUUGCAUACAACAUGCGGGGUACGUUCAGAUAUCUCCGCGGCCAAAACCUCGAGGCAUUGAACGACCUCACCAAGAGUGUUGACUUGCAGCCAUCUUUGACACAGAGCUUCAUUAAGCGUGCAAGCAUGCACCUCGAACUUGGCAACAAGGAUGCUGCUGCUGAUGACUUCGAGAAGGCGAUGAGCCACAACAGUGAGGACCCAGAUAUUUUCUACCACCGUGCCCAACUACACUUCAUCCUGGGCGAAUUCGCCGAAGCGGCCAAGGACUACCAGAAGUCCAUUGACCUCGACCGAGACUUUAUCUUCUCUCACAUCCAGCUCGGUGUCACGCAGUACAAGAUGGGAUCUAUUGCAUCGUCGAUGGCUACAUUCCGACGAUGCAUCAAGAACUUCGACAAAGUACCCGAUGUCUACAACUACUACGGAGAAUUGCUGUUAGAUCAGCAGAAGUACCAAGAAGCAAUUGAGAAGUUUGAUACUGCUGUUGAGAUGGAGAAGCAAACUAAGCCGUUGGGCAUGAACGUCCUACCCCUUAUCAACAAAGCCCUGGCUCUCUUCCAAUGGAAGCAGGACUUCGCAGAGGCCGAAAAGCUUUGCCAGAAGGCUCUGAUCAUUGAUCCGGAAUGCGAUAUUGCCGUUGCAACCAUGGCACAACUCUUGCUGCAGCAAGGAAAGGUCACUGAGGCACUCAAGUACUUUGAGCGUGCGGCAGAGCUCUCCAGGACGGAGGGUGAGAUUGUCAAUGCGCUGUCAUACGCCGAAGCCACCCGAACACAAUUAGAAGUUCAAGAGAAAUAUCCCCAACUCGCAAGCCGCCUUCAAGGAAUGAGCGGAGGGUUCGGCGGCGGCAUGCGCUAAGUAGGACUCUUGGUGUUUGGAAGUUGAUAGGGAAUGCGUGUUGCUGAUCUGCUAUUCGAUGGGGUGGAGGGUUUUCAUCUAUGAAGAGGAUGGCACUACC